GUGAACGGCACGCCCGGGGAAGUCUCUUCUGCGCAUGCGCACUGGCCGUGUUUACAGCGGGAAGUGGUCCAUGUGAAACUUGAACAGAACCGAGCUCUUUGUGAGGAGAAGCUCGCAGGUGGAGAUGUCUGACAGGAGGAGCCCUCGGUCCGGUGGACCCGCACGGCUCGGUUUGGUGUCCUCCUUACCUCCACCAGCCACGACAGAACCGGUGCAGACCGUCAGUUCUGGACCUGUGAUUCCUGCAGAUGUCCAGCAGGUGCUGAGAGUUAAAGAAGAGGUUCCCCCUGACUGGAGCUCCAGCCUGGACCAGGAGAACCCAGAGCCCCUACACAUAAAGAACGAACAGGAGGAACUCUGGAUCAGUCAUCAGGGAGAGCAGCUCAACGGGCUGGAGGAGGCUGACAUCAACAGGUUCCCGUUCAGUGCGGCCUCUGUGAAGAGUGAAGAUGAUGAAGAGAAACCUCAGCUGUCACUGCUUCAUCAAAGCCAAACUGAAGACAACAGAGACAGAGAGCCUCGAGCGAGCAGCUCAGCUAUGGAAGUAAAGACAGAAAGUGAUGCAGAGGACUGUGGAGGAUCAGAACCUGCCAGGAACCCAGACCCAGAUAAUCAUUCCCAACCAAAUCCUGAUGAAGCGGAUUCAGACUCUUCCGAGACUGACGUCAGUGAUGAUGGUUGGCAAGAACCUUUGGCAGAUUCUGGACCUGAAACAGGAGACGUUGGAAAAAAAUCAGUUGAGUGUGGUCAUGGAUUUCAUUACAAGCAGUCUCUUGAGACACACGUGAUGUGUCAUUUAAGGAAAACGUCCUCCAGUUGUUUAGUUAAUCAGCAAUGUUAUAUAGUGAAUCCAGAGCUAGAUUCACAGACGAGAGUCCACACUGAAGAGAAAGCAUUCAGCUGUGAUGACUGUGGGAAAAGAUUCACAGAACAGAAACGUCUGAAGACACACAUGAGAGUCCACACAAGAGAGAAACCAUUUGGCUGUGAUGACUGUGGGAAAAGAUUUAUUGACCAAUCACAUUUAAAGUUACACAUGACAGUCCACACAGGAGAGAAACCAUUUGGCUGUGAUGACUGUGGGAAAAGAUUUUCAGAUCAGGGAAAUCUGAAGAGACACAUGAGGAUCCACACAGGAGAGAAACCACAUGGCUGUGAUGACUGUGGGAAAAGAUUCACAGACCAGACAAGUCUGAAGAGACACAUGAGAGUCCACACAGGAGAGAAACCAUUUGGCUGUGAUGACUGUGGGAAAAUAUUCACAGACCAGACCAGUCUGAAGAGACACAAGGUAGUCCACACAGGAGAGAAACCAUUUGGCUGUGAUGACUGUGGGAAAAGGUUUACAGAACAGAAACGUCUAAAGAGACACAUGAGAGUCCACACAGGAGAGAAACCACAUGGUUGUGAUGACUGUGGGAAAAGAUUUAAUCGUCAGUCAAGUUUAAAGAUACAUAUGAGGAUCCACACAGGAGAGAAACCAUUUGGCUGUGAUGAUUGUGGGAAAAGAUUUUCAGUACAGGCAAAUCUGAAGACACACAUGAGAGUCCACGCAAGAGAGAAACCACAUGGCUGUGAUGACUGUGGGAAAAUAUUUAAUCGUCAGUCAAAUUUAAAGACACACAUGAAAAUGCACACCGGAGAGAAACCAUUUGGCUGUGAUGACUGUGGGAAAAGAUUUAAGCGUCAGUCAAGUUUAAAGAUACAUAUGAAAGUCCACACAUGAGAGAAACCGUUUGGCUGUGAUGACUGUGGGAAAAGGUUUUCAAUACAGGAACAUCUGAAGAAACACAUGAGAGUCCAUACAGGAGAAAAACUAUUUGGCUGUGUUGACUGUGGAAAAAGA